AUGGGGGAUGCCCUCCAUAAGUGGGUGAGAACCAAAGCAGAAGACACAAAAGUGUGCCUGCUGGGUCUGGUGACCAUGGUGCUGGGCUUGGCCACUGCUGGUCCUGUCCCUUCCAAGCCCACCCCAACCGGAUCAGGCUGUCACAUUGGUAGUUUCCAGUCUCUGUCACAACGGGAGCUGGAUGCCUUUAAGGAAGCCAAGGAGGCGUUAGAAGAAUCGCUUCGGAAGGACAUUGGGUGCAACACCAACCCCUUUCCCAGUGCCUGGGACCUGGGCCAGCAGCAGGUCCAGGAGCGCCCCAAGGCCUUGCAGGCUGAGGUGGCCCUGACACUGAAGGUCUGGGAGAACAUGACUGACUCAGCCCUGGCCACCAUCCUGGGCCAGCCUCUUCGCACACUGAGCCACAUCCACUCCCAGCUGCAGACCUGUACACAGCCUCAGCCCACAGCAGAGCCCAGGCCCCCGAGCCGCCGCCUCUCCCGCUGGCUACACAGGCUCCAGGAGGCCCAGAGCAAGGAGACCCCUGGCUGCCUGGAGGCCUCUGUCACCCUCAACCUCUUUCGCCUGCUCACCCGGGACCUCAAGUGUGUGGCCAGUGGAGACCAGUGUGUCAGAGAUUAG